GGGCUGGGUUACACCUCUCUCAAUCCUCCCCUCAGGUCCCUGCCACUGUGUUUUUCUUCCCUGUCCUGGGCAGCGCACACACUCACAUACACACACCUUUCUUUUCCCUGGAUCCACCAUCCUGGGCUGAGAAGCCAGGAGAGAGGGUGGCAAGGUUUGGAGGAACCGCUGAUUCUUCACCAUGGCUAGAUUCUUCAGAAGUUUGGUCCUGUUGCAGGCGCUCUGCUUGGCCUUAUCGCAAGUGACCGGUCCACCCGGACCCCAGGGGCCUCCUGGUCCCCCUGGUCCCGCUGGAACUCCCGGUGCCGACGGCAUUGAUGGUGAGAAGGGUCCUCCUGGACCUCCUGGACCACUAGGUCAAAAGGGAGAGGCAGGUGAACCCGGUCCUGAUGGAUCUCCAGGGGAGGAUGGCAUUGAUGGUUUGAUUGGCGCUAAAGGUGAGAGAGGCCCUCGUGGUAGUCCUGGACCAAAGGGUCAGCCAGGGCCUGGUGGACCACCAGGACGACCUGGACUCGGACUGCCUGGACUUCCUGGAGCAUCAGGCCCCAUUGGACUUCCUGGACAAAUUGGGCCUACUGGGCCAAAGGGUGUCAUGGGAAGUACUGGACCUCCAGGAUUACCCGGACCUCCAGGCAAGCCUGGUCCACCAGGAAAGUUUUUGGGUGUAGAGGAAGGCAGUGCUGACUUUCAGUGUCCAACCAGCUGUCCACCUGGGCCGAAGGGUCCUCAGGGCAUACAGGGAGUGAAGGGACAUAAAGGUCGUGCUGGCGUUUUGGGAGAUCCAGGAAGCAUCGGAAGAUUGGGUACAAAGGGUGAUGUCGGCAUCUCUGGUGAACAGGGAAUACCAGGCCCUCCAGGCCCACAGGGUCUGAGAGGGUAUCCAGGAAUGGUGGGGCCCAAAGGAGAGAUGGGACCACAGGGCUACAAAGGCAUUUCAGGACCAAUCGGCAUCCCUGGACGCCCUGGUGAAGAGGGACCCCAAGGACCACCUGGAAUGCCUGGUGACAAAGGUGACAUGGGAGAACGUGGCAUACGAGGGCCUCAGGGAGUGGUCGGAAAAAAGGGAGAGAAUGGUCUUCCAGGAAUUGAUGGAAAAGAUGGUACUCCUGGCAUCCCAGGAAUAAAGGGUGCUUCAGGACAAAGUGGAAGACCUGGAGGUCCUGGUCACCAGGGAGAUGCUGGUUUGCCUGGUAUGCCUGGAGCCAAGGGUGAAUUGGGAGUUAAGGGUGAGCCGGGACCUCGAGGUUUGAUGGGAAUGCAAGGCCCUCCAGGACCUCAAGGAGAGCCUGGUCCUCCAGGUGAAGCUGGCAUGGAGGGAGUCCCAGGGCCAAAGGGUGACAGGGGUGAAAGAGGACCAGUUGGGCCUCCUGGUAUUGUUGGCCUGCCUGGAAGUAAGGGAGAGAGGGGGCCCAUGGGUGUCCCAGGUGCUCAGGGUCUAACUGGAACUAAGGGUGACAAGGGAUUUCAAGGCAAAGUGGGAUCAAAGGGAGACGUUGGUGAUCCUGGUGUAGAGGGAUUGGCUGGGGAGAAAGGAGAGAAGGGACAAUCUGGGGAGCCUGGCCCUAAGGGACAGCAAGGUGUGACUGGUGAUCCAGGGCACAACGGCCCCACCGGAGAUCCCGGUAAACCAGGAGACCAGGGUCCCGCAGGCUUACCUGGUCCACGUGGCCUGUUUGGAGAAAGAGGAGUUCCAGGGAUGCCAGGAAUACAAGGACCAGCUGGUCGUGAUGCUACCGAUCAACACAUCGUUGACGUGGUCCUGAAGAUGCUUCAAGAAAAGUUAGCAGCGGUAGCAGUGAGCGCUAAGAGAGCGGUGCUUGGUGGAGCAGGCGUGAUGGGACCUCCAGGUCCUCCAGGACCACCGGGACCUCCAGGACCUCAGGGUCCUCACGGACUGACAGGCGGCCGUGGCAUUCCUGGCAUGAUCGGAGCCCCAGGCCAAAUAGGAAACACUGGUCUUAAAGGGAAAAGGGGUGCAAAGGGAGAGAGAGGAGAUCCUGGACGACCACACCCUGGCCAACCGGGACCACCUGGACUGCCAGGUCCUCCAGGUCUUGACGGUGUGGCACGCGAUGGUAGGCCAGGAGAGCGAGGACCACAGGGUGCAGCUGGUGAGGGGGGCCGCCCUGGAAAAGCUGGUUCCCCUGGUCUUCCUGGAUUUUGUGAAGCAGCUGCAUGUUUGGCAGCCUCAGUCUACACUUCUCCCAGACUACAAGAGGCGGGAACAGUGAAGGGCCCAUCCACUUAAAUCAAGCCCUCUACUGGGGCAUAAGAACAUCUGGGAGAGAGAGAAAAAGAGUUAGAAAGAAACAAAGAAAGGGGAGAGAAGCAUGGAAAGAGGGGCACACAGGCCUUCACUUCAUUGUGAGGGGGAGGGAACAGCCGUUGCCUGACAUUGUGAAUUCUUUUUGUAUGUAUUAGGAUAGCAUAUGUAUGAUUUGACAUCUACGGAAAGGAAGUUUUAAGGUGGCAAUGUUAGCCUCUGCUGCUCUGUCUCACCUCACAGUACAGAGAGAUGUGAGAACAUUGCCAAUGACAUCACCGAUGACAUCAUCAUCAUGCGCCCUGGACUAGAAGAGCUGUGAAAAUGACAUUCAAACAAAGGUGCUGUUUUUGUUACUAUUAUUUUUUUUUAUUGCAUCUGAUCCAAAUAAUGGCAAGAUUUUACAAGCCAGGAAAUUCCCCUUUAAUUGAACCAAUAAAAAAGUAUUUAAAGCUACUUUAUUAAUAGAUUCAUUUACCUUGUGCUUCAGUAAACAGCUUCCUCGGCUCGAGUUGAUACACCAUGUGUACAUUAUGUCCCUGUUUGUAGUGUGCCUGUCUCCGCCAUGAAGCAACAUCUUUGAUCUGUUCUUCUACGUGAAAUGGUGACAUGCUCCCAUUAACUUUAUCCUUGAUUCCAUGCUGUAAAUCUUUGUAAAUGUGUAUUAAUUUUGUAUGGACAGGGUGGGUUUAGAAUAUAAAACAGAUCCAAAGUUAAUGAAUUUAAUCAGCAUUCAGGAUCAAACUCCAAACAUUUCUCAAACUGAAUUACAAGCCUGUAUGCCACUUCCAAGUUACUGUGUUAUGUAAUUAGAGAAGAACUGAUUAUCUUCAUUAACAACUAUUUAUUGUUCUUUUUUGGUUCAUCUGUAAACACUCAAGUUUUUUUUUUUUUUUCUUUUUGUCUGGUUGUUCAGAUUUACCCCAAUCAAUAAAGAGGAACGUUUUGUAAAACUCAAUGUUCUUCUGUAUCAUGAACAUCUGAGAGGAACAAUGAUUUUAACUUUUAAAAAAGCUUUCUUUCUUUUGGAUCUGACAUCUUUUUUUGUUGUAAUAAAAGAUAUUUCGGUA